UACUCAGAGCCCUGUACUGGCAAUGAAUGAAGGCACAGCCUCCGAUUCAGCUCCUUCUUCCAAGAACCGAAGAUGAAGUCUCGUCCUCUUUGAUCCCCUCUCAAAUUUACAGACACUGGCUUCGCAGAUUGUCCUCCUUCGACAACAGCUAGUAGAUGCAGAAAUGGGGGAAGACGAAGAAGAAGAAGCAGAAGAAGAAGCUGGAGAGGCUCACAGACGAUCACUCCAAGAACAGAGCUUCCGAGAAUCAUCGGCGGACCCGAACCCCACCUGCGAAGAGGCCAUCGAGUCGAUUUCUUCGGUGGCCUCCCUGUCUCGCUCGAUCAAGGUCUUCGCAGUGAAAUGGCAGCUCAUUCGGAGCAAGCUCGUGGAGAUAUCUUCUGCGCUGGCCGUCUCCGACGAGAGCGCUGAGCUUUCCGGCACGGUUCGAGAAGCGAUGGCCACGGUCAGGGAGUGCCGUGGCCUUGCUGAGAAAUGCGUGGCUCGUUCCUACGGUGGGAAGCUGUUGAUGCAGAGCAAUUUGGACAUGGUCUUGACGAAGCUGCAUUGCCAUGUCAAGGAUCUCUCUGGGUUGCGCAAAGCUGGUUCUUUUCCUCAGGGGUAUGCCAUUGUUGUCUCCAAGCCGAGGUUCGGGGCUUGUAAGGAGGACAUGAGGUUUUACGUUGAGGAUUUGUUGACGAGGAUGAAGAUUGAGGAAGACCCAGAAAUAAGGAGGCAAGCUCUGGCUAGUUUGCACGAUGCUGCGAGUGAAGAUGAGAAGUUCGUGAAGGUGGUCAUGGGAGUUGGGGAGAUCAUUCACCUCCUGGUCAGCUUUCUUGAUUCUCUGGAGAUGGAAGUUCAAGAAGAGGCUGCGAGAGUGCUCUCGGUGGUUGCAGGGUUUGAUUCAUGCAAUGGUGCGGUGAUAAUGGCAGGGAUUGUGGCUCCACUGGUUAGGGUUUUGGAAUGCGGUGGCGAAGUGGGCAAAGAACUGUCUGCAAGGUGUUUGAUGAAAUUGACUACUAAUUCAGAGAAUGCGUGGAGGGUCUCCGCUCAUGGCGGUGUCACAGCUCUGUUGAGAAUAUGUUCUUCCAACACCGACUUCGCCAAGGCAGAGUUGAUUUGCUCUGCCUGUGGGGUGCUGCGGAAUCUCGCCCGAGUUUUGGAGAUCAAGAGGUUUAUGCUUGAAGAAGGCGUGAUCUCAGUGCUCCUCAGGCUAGCAAGGUCUAGAGAUGAGGCCGUGCAGAUUAGCUCAAUCGAGUUCCUGCAAGAUUUUGUCUCGGGGGAUGAUUUCUUGAGGCGAAUGGUCAUCGGAGAAGGCGGAUUCCAUGCUUUAUUGCGCCUCCUCAAUCCGCCAUCAUCGUCUUCAUCGUCUUCCAAAGCGCUGGAGGUAGCUUUCAGGGCAAUUGAGGAUCUCUGUUUCUCUUCCGAGACCGGCCUCAAAAUAAUGCUGAACCACGGGUUCGCGGAAGUCGUGGUCCGCUACCUCCGAGACCGCGAGGCCUCGGUCCAAGAACUGGCCUUCAAGGUGGCAUUCAAGCUGACCAAGACAUCAUCGGACGAUGCUAAAAGGGCACUAGGCGACGCCGGCUUCAUGUUGGAGAUCGUCCGGUUCCUCGACGCGAAAUCACACGGGGUCCGCGAAAUGGCGGCCGAGUCGCUCUCUAGCAUGGUCUCGAUCCCGAGGAACAGGAAGAGGUUCGCUCAGGACGAGCAGAGCGUGGAAUUUCUGAUGCAUUUGAUCGAGACGGAUGCGGAUCAUUCGGGUCGGAGGAAGUUCUUGCUAUCUGCAUUGACGUCGUUGACGAGCUGCAGCAGUGGAAGGAAGAAGAUUGCCAAUUCUGGGUAUCUGAAGGCCAUAGAGAGGCUGGCAGAGGAUGAGGUUUCUGAUGCAAAGAGACUCGUGAGGAAGCUGUCCACGAACAAAUUCCGCAGUGUGUUGGGUGGACUUUGGCAUUCUUGAAUCCAAGAACAUAACAUGGUUUUCCACUUUGUAUAGUUUGUAUCCCAAUGUUUAGUAAACUU